ACGACUUCGCUGCCGCGUCCCGGCCGUCCGGGCCUCCGGGCAUCAGGCUGCACUUCUGGGGCGCGGGGCCCCGCCGCGAGGCUGGACUCCACGGGGCCGCGAUAGGGCAGCCCGGAGGGGCGCCGCUCGGAGCCCCUGCGGAGAGCAGCCCGCGCGGGAGAGGUCGGGGGCCGCGGCCGUUCGCGGAGCUCGGCAGGGCAGGGCUGGCGGCGGCGCACCGGGAGUGGGCGGAGCCGGCGGUGUUAGGGUUAAUGUCCGCCCCGCCCCGGCCGCACUGACUCAGUUUCACCAGAAACCUGAGGAGGAGGUGGCCGAGUCCCAGCGCAGCCCGCACCGGGGCGGAAGCGGCGGCUGCAGCCGCGCAGGAAGCCGGGACCGGAACCUCGGCAGGCCCGGCCCCACCCCACUCACCUGCGCAGAUCGCUAGCACCCUCGGAGCCCAGAGGCCCGCGCAGUGAAGGUGACCCCCGUGGGGAGAAGGGCGACGGCCCCGGGGAGGAUGAUGGCCUGCGCCCGCCUCUCCCAAGCCCAUGUCCCAGCAGUCGCCGUGUGGCUCCUGUGCGCGCUCGAUCUCCUGGGCACCGAGGCUGGGCCGCCGCCCGCGCCCCCCGGCCUGCCCCCGGGAGGCCCCUGCCUGGACCGCUUUACCGCCGGGGUCCCUGCCUUCGUGCUCGAUACCGAGGCCUCGGUCAGCAACGGGGCCACGUUCCUGGGCUCCCCCACCGUGCGCCGCGGCUGGGACUGCGUGCGCGCCUGCUGCACCACCGAGAACUGCAACCUGGCGCUGGUGGAGCUGAAGCCCGACGGCGGGGAGGACGCCAUUGCCGCCUGCUUCCUAAUGAACUGCCUCUACGAGCAGAACUUCGUGUGCAAGUUCGCGCCCAGGGAGGGCUUCAUCAACUACCUCAAGCGGGAGGUUUACCACUCCUACCGCGAGCUGCGGACCCAGGGCUUUGGCGGGUCCCGGAUCCCCAAGGUGUGGACAGGCAUAGACUUGAAGGUACAGCCCCAGGAACCCCUGGUGCUGAAGAAUGUGGAGAACACAGAUUGGUACCUACUGCAAGGUGACGCGGAUGUCAGAGUAGAGAAGAAUGAGCCGGACCAGGUGAAGCUGUGGGGACUCAAGGAAGGCACCUACCUGUUCCAGCUGACAGCGGCUGACUCCAACCAGCCAGAGAGCAUGACCAACGUCACAGUUACUGUGCUGUCCCCCAAGCAGACAGAAGAAUAUUGCCUCGCAUCCAGCAAGGUGGGCCGCUGCCGCGGUUCCUUCCCCCGCUGGUACUACGACCCCAAAGAACAGAUUUGCAAGAGUUUCGUUUACGGAGGUUGCUUGGGCAAUAAGAACAACUAUCUUCGGGAAGAGGAGUGCAAGCUAGCUUGCCGGGAUGUGCAAGGUCCCUCACUGGACAGGCAUGGGCCAGCUUCCUGGAGUGUGAUGACACGGCUGACUGCCCCGAUGCCUCCGAUGAGGCCGUCUGUGAGAAAUACACCAGUGGCUUCGAGGAGCUCCAGAACAUCCACUUCCGCAGUGACAAAGCUGGACGUUGUUGCCCGCCAGGGCUCAGACCCUGAGCCUUCUUUGUUAAAAGAUAGACCGUCCAGUGCUGGAGAGAAAACUGAGACCUUGACACAAUCGGAAAAGCUGAAAGAAAACUGGAAAAAAAAAAAAAAAAAAAGUUAUGUGAGUCAAGGGCACUGUGUGGACCUGCCAGACACAGGGAUCUGCCUGGAGAACAUCCCGCGCUGGUACUACAACCCCUUCAGUGAGCGCUGCGCUCGCUUUACCUAUGGUGGUUGUCACGGCAACAAGAACAACUUCGAGGAGGAGCAGCAGUGUCUUGCAUCCUGUCGUGGCAUCUCCAAGAAGGAUGUUUUUGGUCUGCGGCGGGAAAGCCCCAUUCCUAACAUACGUGAGCCCUGGUCUGCCCUCUCAUGGACGAGCUCCGUGGAGGUGUCCAUUGCAGUACUCCUGGUCACCUGCAUCGUGGUGGUGAUAGCCCUGUUGGGUUACUGCUUCUUCAAGAACCAGAGAAAGGGCUUCCACAGACACCGUCACGGCUGCCGCCACCACCACAACCACCACCUUCAACCCCCCACCCCUGCCAGCUCCACAGUCUCCACCACAGAGGACACGGAGCACCUGGUCUAUAACCACACGACCCGGCCCCUCUGAGCCGGGGGCUCUCCCAGGCUCUUUCCGGCUCUUGCCUGGCCCUGCUUCCUCCUUGCCAAGAUGUAAGCCUGGGCUGGGGAAGACUUUGGGACCAGACUCCUCCAGGCUAUUUCCCAGGCCCACUCUGCUUCUGAGGCAGGGCUCCAGCCCCUCUGGGAGAUGUCUCAGCUAAGCUUAGGCCUCUCGUUCCUGACAAAGCUCCAGGGUCUGGGAAGAGCAGAAAACCUUUGAGCCCAGAGUCCCACACACAGAUGGACUUGUCUGCCUAGGAUUUCAGAAGAAGUUGGAAUUUUGUUUCUUGUUCAAAGCUGCCUGUCCCCACCCUGUGGCGUUGGGAAGGGGCCUGGGGCAAUGUCAGAAGCUGGAGGCCCCCCCCCCCGGCCGUGCCCUUCAGAGCUGGCCCUCCCACCCUGCAUAGUCCAGGGCUGGGGGGAAGGACGUCCCUGUAUAUUUUGUGCUGUAUAGAGUUGCUUUUUGUUUAUUUAAUGCCAUGGGGAUGGGUAAGAAGUGGAAAGAGGCUGCCUCUUCCCUUCCCCCGAGAAUGAGGCCUGGCCUGGCCUGGCCCGGCCCGCGGCACCUGGUGUGCAGUAUCCUCCCCACAUGCCCCAGGGCUCUCAGGCAUCACACCCCUGCCCGUUCCCCUGCCUUCCCCAGGCCCCAGUCCACCCACAGUGUAAUAAAAUGGUUAGUUCUGUGAGGUUGCUGCCUCUGCUCUGUGGGGCCGGAGAGGGACAGGGCUGCUGGAGGGGAUAGGACCGCCCUGUACAACCGGUUCCGGGCUUCGGCCACCCUGUUUAGCAGGUUUUCCCACCCUUCCCGAAACUGCCCCAGCCCCUGAGGGUGGAAAGACUUGCCAAGUUUGACCACCAGAGGGGAGGGGUGAGAGGGCCAUGGAAGAAGAGGGCCCAGGGAGGCUGCCAUGCUGCCGCGUAGCAUGAUUUUUUCCUGGUGUGAGCCUUGUCAACAAGUCCGCUUUGUCGCUGGGGCAGCUCCUAACUGCAGCAUGUAGUGGAGAACUCAAGGGCAGGGAGGGAGCAUGGCUUUGAACUCUGGUUCUUAUCUCCACUCCUUUUGGUGUGGGGGCCCAGGUCACCGCUAUCUCCCCUGCCCACCCACAGAAGCUUUGGCUUUUUCACGGGAGUGUUGCUGCUCCCCAGGCUCUGAGCUCCUGCCCAGGGGCCUUUAGUUGAGGUACUCCAGCCCACACCCCUCCAUCUGUUUCAGUCACUUUUUGUUCGGUGUCAAAGAAAGCCAUCCUUUCAUUCAUCUCCUCAACAAAUUAUAUAUUGAGCUUCUAUGUGCCCUACACCGCCAAUCUGAUAUUGUCAAGAAAAGCACGCAGGAAGCAUUGUGUAAGGGCUUUAUGUAUCUCAACUUCUUACCUCGGCACACAGCCCUGUGAUGAAGGUACUAUUCUCCCCCCCUCCACCGCCCCGUUUUCCAGGAAGCUGACUCAGCAAAGCUGAGUUCCUAGGGUCCUAGAGGUGGUACUGGAGGACCAGGUUCAAAUCCUAACAUGGCUCCUAGUCUUACCAAAGAGAUACUUUUACAUUGUAAUGAUUGCUAUACAGAAAAAUAACAUGGAGGGUCACCUGGGUGGCACAUUGACUUGGGCAUCCGGCUCUUGGUUCCAGCUCGAGUCAUGAUCUCAGGGUUGUGGGAUCGAGCCCUGUGUCAGGCUCCAAGCUCGGCGUGGAGUCUACUUGGGUUUCUUACUCUUCCUCUGCCCCUCCUGC